CAUGUUUUCCUUUUUUUUUUUUUUAAUAAUAAAAGGAGCAGUGCCUUGUAGGAGGAAGGCAGGGGAAGUACGACUACCCGCCCGACAACUGCAGUGUGGUUGAAUCCGAAUUGGCGUGACGCGGGGGGAAAGGAUGAGCGUGAGGUGACAUUCAUUCUUUUUUAUGUGCUUUAAUCACAUGCAUCCUUUCGCUUAUGUUAAUCACACUCCUCCUUGUGCCUAUUUUUAUCACAUUCAUCCUUUUGACCAACUAACUCCCAUUCAUCGUUCUUAGCUAUUGCCUGACGUUCAUCCUUUUUCACCUCUUGGUCGAUCUACUGUGUAGAAUAGAUGAUCGACGGGAAGACAUUGAGUAAGUAUCAUUGUCUGCUUUUCGAGUAACGUCACAGGCUCACUCCUCUUAGCGUGCUGUCCCGACCCUCAAUGCUGGAUAUGAUAUUCUGUCCACGAUGGGCUGCCAGGUUGUUAAAGGUGAUGGCGAUGCGGGGUUCCUGUCUUCCUGCCUGCCCAUGAUGAUGAUGAUGAUGAUGCUGAUGCGAUUGAUGAUGAUGACGACUACACGUAUCCCGGUUGAUCUUUUGUCGGAGGAAGAAGAUGUCGAUGCGAUGAUGAGGAUGAGGAGGAUGAGGAGGAUGACGAGGAGGAUGAGAACGAUGAUGACGAUGAUGACAAUGAUGAUGAGAAUGACGAUGAUGAUGAGAAUGAUGACGGUAAUCAUAUCAAUGAGGAUGACAAUGGUGAUGAUGACGACUCAUCUCGUUUGAUCUUUUGUCGGAGGAAGAAGAUGUCGAUGCGAUGAUGACGAUGAUGAUGAUGAUGAUGAUGAACAUCAUCCUCAUCAUCAUCAUGAGAACAUGUAUCCAGGUCGAUCGUUAAUCAGAGGAGGAUUAGCUUAGCAGGGAGAAAAGAAAGCGACAUGCAGUAUAUUGGCAAAGGCUAGUGAAUGUGUAAUCGUAGCCGAUGGAUGUUUAAUGGAUGUAAAGUGGCAGCCGAUGGAUGUGUGAUUGAUGGGAGCCAAGAGGUGGACGGGCACGUUUUGCACUCGUUUUUUCAGAGAGGGUGAUGAUCUUGUGAUGUCAGACCACUGGGUAGGUGGGUAUCAUUCGCAGCAAAGCCUAUGGAUUUCUAGUGUAAUGGAUGGGGUACUCGUAGCCGAUGGAUGUGUAAUUUCAGCCGAUGGAUGUGUGAUGGAUAUGUCGUCGCAGCCGAUUGAUAUGUAAUCGCAGCCGAGGUUCUGCGCUCUGCAAGAAAGCAUCUCGGCCGUUGAUUCGCCAGAAGGACAGUGUACAAACUGUGGGAUGGUGGGAGGGACGGGAGGUCGUCGUUUGUAUAUGUUUAUCAGAAUGGAUGAGGUAGGAGAAGUGUGUCAGGAAGAGGACAGGAUGGAUAAGUGAGGACAGAGCAUGACAAGAUGGAAUCAGCUAGAACAGGAGAGGGGGAGGGGGGAAAAAAGGAGAGGGUGAUAAAAAGAGGGGAGAAGUGGAGGAUAUGGGAUGAAUGAUAAUACAGAGAAAGGAGAGGGAAAGAGCAAGGUACGAUAGCGAAAGCAGGUCAAUGAUGAGACGAGAAAGCUGUCGAGAUAUGACAUGAUCGGAGAAAGGGAAGAAGAGGAGAACCUGGAAGGAAGGAGAGAAUGUAAAUCUGGGGAGAGAGAGAGAGAGAGAGAGAGAGAGAGAGAGAGAGAGAGAGAGAGAGAGAGAGAGAGAGAGAGAGAGGAUAAGUGCAUACGCGUAGGCAAAGACACUUGACAGAGUAGAAGAUGACAAUGGGCAUGCUGCAUUGGCGAACACUGUGGGAUAGGACAAAGGGAAGAAGCAGAGAAAACCUGAGAGGAAGGGGAUAAUGUACAUAUGCAGAGGGGGGAGAGAGAGAGAGAGAGAGAGAGAGAGAGAGAGAGAGAGAGAGAGAGAGAGAGAGGGUUAUGCACGUGCAUAAGAGGAGGAAAAGAUAUGAGAGGGUUAUGCACGUGCAUAAGAGGAGGAAAAGAUAUGCUGGUAGAGAGAGAGAGAGAGAGAGAGAGAGAGAGAGAGAGUAAUGUGCAAAAGAGGAGGAAAAGAUAUGCUGGUUCUGUCCCGUUUUUCUGCUGUCGAUCUUCUCUCGCUCCCGGGUACUCUUCUCUCAUUUCAUCUCUUUAAUUGUUGUGAGCAUUCCAAGCUCUGAUAUCCAACACCGAGUGACUGUCAUUUCUCCCCCGGAAAGGAUUUGCAAUUCGAGCAACUACGAGCAAGCGCCUGGAAGGCAUUGCUGAAACAGCUUUACAUCGUGCUACGGGCACACAUUUUUUUCAGUUGCAGUUUGUGUUCCGCCCGCCAAUCUUGGGCAGACAAAGCAACGAUUAAGAUACGCGGUCCCAGCUGUCUUCAGCCCCGUCAUGUUCAUGAGUCUUUUUCUUAGCACAGGCAGGAGCAUCUACUUCAGGAGUUGAAACUUCUGAUUUAUUCAGGUUGGAAAAUCAAAUUGCCCACAAAUC